UCAGUCGAAAUCUGUUGAAAGAUGGUGGUAGUAAGCGAGUUCUAUCGAACUGUUUAAAUUGAAUCACAAUUAAAUGAGAAUGAGUGUUAUAACGAAGGAGGCACAAAUGGGUGUCGAUCCUCACGAAGAAGUGAAAAAAUUACAAGAUUUAGUGAAGAAAUUAGAAUUGCAGAAUCAACAAUUACGUUGUCGUCAACGUACACCGCCGACUCGUGACCGAAUAAGCCCUGGUAAAAAUGAGGGACGAGCCAAUGAUUCACGGACAAAUAAAAUCCAGCAUUCUUCUAAUAAAAACACUGAAAAAGCGGAUAAACCAAAACGGCGUGAAGGUUCUUUCAAAGAGGGAGAUUUUAUAAUUUUAGAUGAGUUAGAUUUAUCAGAUGAAGAAUCAUGGUUGUACUCUUCACCUAAAGGAUUAACACCCGAAGAUCGUGUUAUCAGCCCCUACAAAUGGAUGCGCAAGGAUUUGGAAGACCCUGAAAACAAAGAGCUACAGUUAGCUCGAAGAUCUCUUGCCAACAAACUGGAUGAACUAGCUUUACAAAAGUUUUGGCCUGGGAACCAUUGGCUCUUUGGGCAAAAGGAUCUAAAGUGUUGUCAAGGAUGCCGAGUUGUUGACUCCAGAACCUUUACUCGAAAUCGAAGGAAAAGGGAAGGAGAAGUGAAUUUACCUCCUGGUGCUAUACCAGUAAUUGAACCAUUACAAUAUUGUUAUCAAGGAAAAAGUGAAAAUGGUGUGGCAUUAGAAGAUGAUUCUCUUGCAGAUGUCAUAGAUGUUCAUGAGAUAGCUAGACUUCAAGAAGAGAGUUUAAAGCAGUAUUCUCCAGCAAGCACACCUAAAAGAAAUUCAGUGAGCAGCUUGUCUGGGAGGAGAUCUGGUUCACCUUUGAGUUCCACUUCUGACAUUGAUGGACAAGACUACCAAGCUCAACAUCCAGUUAGUCCCUGUGCUGCUCAAUCUUGUAACAAUGAAUUACAUGAAACACACCCAAAUACAACAGCAGUACACAGCCGGAUCUCCAAUCAUUCCAGCCCAACAAAUAGUCAUUAUGGCUCCAACAAUUCCCUAGAUAAUCCAACAGAAAAUGUUCGGCGGAGUCUUCCUAACCUUGCAAGAGGAAGCGGUGGGAUUAGACUUGGAAGAGGCAAAAAUAUCAGUGAAUCAGAGUUACAGCGUCCAAGUCGUGUUGUAGUACCAUAUCAGAGAACAGAACCUAGGUUAACCCCACUUUCUCAGGUUGGCCAAAUAAGAAGACAGAUUUCUCCAGGAUCCAGACAAAGUCCCCGACAGCAGUCUCCAUUACAGAGUACCCCAAAUCAAAAAUUUUUAGUUAGACAACAGUCUCCUUUUGAAUCAAUUGGCAACACAACACCUUCUCCAAGGAAUGCUCCUCCUUCAGCAGGAACCCCUAAAUCUGGUCUGCCUCGUCCUUCAAAGAUCCCAGCUUCUAAAUCAAUGAAGCCUAGGUCAGGAAUUCCAGUGCCUUACUCUGGCAGAUCAGGAUUACAAGAAGACCAGACAGGCGAUGACUGGAGUGAAGGGUGUUUCUAGCGAUAUAUUUAGUUAUUAACUUGGUGAAAGGGUUAAUAUUUGUAGGUUUUUACAAGGUUUUAUUUUUGCAUCUUUCACCAUUACUUAUUGUAGUGUAGUCAGAAAAUGACACGCCUAUCUUUUCAUGUUACGUACUAAAUGACGUAUUUAGGCAAAAUAUUCUAAUUAUAAACUUAUCAGAAAAGAGUUAAGCUCUAUUUACACAUUCUACAACUGAAAAAGCCUGUAUAAUUUUAUUCUCAAAAUAAUGUUCAGUAAAGUGAUUCUAUCAAAAUAUUGGACAACUGUGAUUUGCCAAUAGAAUUGGGCUUAAUUGCAGUGUAUUGACUUUAAUUAGAAACUGGAGCUUUCUCUGGUAGUAAUAAUGGUGUUUAUUUUAUCACCUAAAAAGUUAACUUCAGUCAGAAGUUAAUGGUAUUCCACAGAAAAUGUUUACUGUUUGAUCAAUAGGUCAUUUUACUUUUAUAGAAAAGCUGUUAGUUAAAUUUUAGUGCAUUUCUUUUAUCUUUCUCAGAUAAAAGAAAAUAAUAAGCUCACGUACAGAACAGUUGCAGAAAUAAUCAUUUUGGUUUUGAUAAAAGUUUUUAAUCCAUAAAUUAACAUAGGUAAUGUUUUUGAAUAUUUUGAUGCUUGGUUAAAAUUAUUAUUAAGUUUGCUAAAACACCAACAAAAGAAAAAAAUUUAAAACUUUUUGCUUUUCUGCUGUUAUUUUUAAACUAUUUUGGUGAGUUCUAAACAACUGUUCAAGUUUAUCCAUGCAUAUACAGUAAUUAUUUAUAACUUAAAGACAGUUAAUUUAUAUGUUACAUACUCUUUAGUUUGGUGAUAAUGGUACUCAUUAUCUUGGAGUAUAAUUAUGUAUUCAUCAGCUGCUCAGUUUAUAAAAUCGUUAUUGUUACCUAGAUAGCCAUCAGGAUAUAGACCACAGAAUUUUUUUUCUAUCAUUACACCAUCAUAAUGUGUCUUAUUAAACACAUCUUUGUUACUUAGCUAUUCUAUGAUAGAAAUAUAUUUAUUACUAUCACACUAUUGGUAGUUUUAAGAUAUUUUUAAAUUAAGAAUACAUAUUUUCAAAUGAUAUUUUAUAAGAACAACAAUUGUGAUAUUAGCAAUUAAAUUUUUUGUAAAAUCUUUCAUGUUGAGAUACUAUGUUGAUAAUUUUAGUGUUUUUCCUAAAGGAGAAAUUUCAGUCUUUUUUUUCCUUGUUGCUGGUUUGCUGAUAAAUGAUGUGUAUAUUAUAGGUCCUUAAAUACUUUCUGAUAGGCAAUUUAGCUAGAUUUGAUCAUAUUUCAAACAUAUUAUGUUUCUUAUACAUAAUGGGAGAUUUUAAAUUCCUAUAUACAUCUUGUGUCUUAAGUCAUAUAGUAAGUUAUAUUUCAAACUUUUUACUAAAUCUUUCUGGAAUCUUAUACUGAAACAUUAAAAAACUUUGCAAAUACUAAGCCCAAAUGCUUCAUCCUUUGCUGAAUUUCCUUAUUUUACUUUUCAUAAAUUAUGAGUAUGUAGCCAAAAUAUUUACAUAUAUAUAAAUGAAAAGCUUAUUAAAAUACACCUUUUGUUCCACAUUUUAAAAUUAUGAAAAAAAAAUUGUAACAUUAUCAGGAAGUCAACAGUUAUUGUAAGAGAGAAAUUAUCAUAAAGUUAAUUUGUUUAUAGAUAAUCUUAAAGCUAGAAAAUUGAAUUUAGAAACUUUUUUCUAAAUAUAAUCGAUUAUCAAACUGUACCAUAAUUUUUUUUUUAUAUAUUUGUAACAAAAACUCUUGAUCACAGAAUAAUGAUAAUAUUUUAAUUGAAUAAAAGAAAUAGCUAGGUGUUGAUAUUUGCUCUGGAAAUACACCUUUACAGAAUGUUUAUAUGUAUAUCAUCUAUUUGGUGACAAAAUAUCUAUCUGUUCAUAUUGUAAUAAGAGUUUGUAGCAUCAUAAUCUUAUUUUAUGUAUAUUAUAUUGGUAGAAGUAGAGGUGUAGUAUUUCUGUUGCCUCGAGUUAUAUUUAUAUAUAAUUUUCUGGUGGCAAGUCUUGAUAAGGAUUGAAAUGAAAGUAACAUUUAAUACUUGUUUUAAUUUCUAUGGUGAUCUAUGGGCAACAAAUAUAACUCUAAACAUGGUGUACCCAUAUCAAACAUUUAUAAUCUGAUAUUCAAGUAUUAUUUUAAAAGUGAAAUAACUACAAUACAAUGAACUGUAAGUGCAUUGGGUACUCAUGCAGAUGUUGCUGUGUUUGAGGUACUGUAUUUAAUAUACAAGUUUUGCAUUAUAGGAUUGCUAGUCAUGGAAUUUUCAAUGCUUUGCAAUGACCCAAUAAUAAGUUAUCUGUUUUUCACUUGGUCAAUGAUAUUAUGAAUUUAAGAAGAAAGGAAGAAGAACAUUGGUAAAUGUAUGCGAAAUGCAUAAUUGAUAAAUCAUAAAAUGUGUGCUAUUCUUGGUUUCGACAACAUUUAUAAGGAUGUUUGGUUUAAAAUAUUACAGUGAAAUGAGCUUUUUCUUCUCUUGCAAAAUUCUACAAAAUUAACUUUCUUUAUUUUUUGUUCAGUACGUACCUACGGCUUCUAACGGGGAUAGUAGUGCUGUGCAUAUACAACCUGCAAGAAGUCAUAUGUAUAUAUAUGAAUGGUAAAAGUGUGUUUUCCAUACUUGGAGAACAGUUAUAAGCAUGUUGGAUUUAGAAAAUUAUGAUAAAAUGAGCCUUCCAAAUUUUCUUUCUCCUUUUGAAGUGGAGGGAAGCCAUUGAACUCAUCUGUAUACAAAGUGUGUUGUUGUAUAAUUUACACACUGACAGAAAGAACUACAGUAUUGUAUAUUCAAGCUGUAAAUUGGAUAAUUAAAAACAGUUGCCACACACACUUGGGUAAAGUUAUCUUCAUAAAAUAUUUUAUAUUACUAUGUUGCUAUUUUUAUGCUUAACCUUCUGUUUGAAGUAAUAUGUACCAGAAAACCAGUUUUUUGUUGAAGUUACACUAAACUGGUUUAAACAAAGUUAAAACCAGUAGCUAUUGGUUUAGUUGGUUGGUAUUUUUUGGGCACAAAUGGUAGAAAUGCUAUUGGUUUGGUAUCAUUGUUAUAUAAUCACACACAAAAAAAAAGUUAUUUUACAUCAAAGUAGAAUGCUGAAAUUUUCCAGAAACAGAGCUAUAACAUGCUUACUGUGAAAUUGAAAACCUAAAUGUUGUAUGUAAAUUUUAAGGCAUUAUCCAACCACCAGAUUUUAAAUUAAAACACCAUUUAUAACGUAUGAUCUUUUUUUUCUAUAUUGUUCUAACUUCUUCAACCAUUAGUAUUGAGUGAGACACCAUUCAUAAUGAAUAAUCUUUCUUUUUUUUCUAUAUUGUUCUAACUUCUUCAACCAUAAAUAUUGGGUGAGAGGCCAUUAGGAAAACUUAUUGCUGAAAAAAUAUUAUUUAAACACUAUUCAUGGAAAUUUCUGGGUGUGAAACUUUAAAAGAGCUCUACUAGAAUAAUCUUAUCUUUAAGAGGUCAGUAGCAACCUUCUAUGUUGCUUUAUCCUACUUGGGAAUAAAACAUUUUUAUGACUUGCUAGCUUUAAUAUACACCCUUUAUUGUUUUUUUUACUCUGUUCUUAUCCAAUCUUUAUGUCAGUACUGCUGUGAUUUAGAAUUUUCAUGAUCUCUAGUUUUAUUAUGUAUUGCUUACAUUUGUGUGGUGUAAAAAGCUCUGUGAGAAAAUUUCUAAUAUUCUCUGUAUUUUUUAUGGGUGACUUGAGAAUUUUUUAGUGGAAAUCACUUUACGUACUUGAGAUUCUUUAACAUCCAUUUAAAUAUUUAUUGUUAUUUUCAUUUAACAUGUUAGAAAAUGAAUUUACUGAACUAUUCUAUAUUUUAAAUUUUCUUUCAGAAACUAAUGAAUUUCUGGUUUUAAGGAUUAAAUUUUUAAAAUUAAUGUGAAAUUGCCAGAUUACAUCCAAAUUGAGAUAGUAAGUCCUCUGCGUACAGAAAGAAGGGUAUAUAUAUAUAUAUAUGUUAUUCCACAUCCUGUACACACAGAACUUACUGUCACAAUUUGUAGGUAUAUGUCUUUAUUUAUAUUUAUAUAUAUUUGUGUUAUAUAUCAAUGGAACUACUGAAAACUCCUGGGAUUAACAUAUCAGAAAGAUACACCCAAGUCUUUGAAUACUUUACUAUUUUUUGUUGCAUAAAAAUCAUUCAAGGUAGUAAUUUGGUAAUCUAUCUUUUGCAUUUCUUGCACCCCUGGGUGACUCAGUGGUAAGUCUGAGGGUGUAUAAUGCAGCUUUGUGCUUAAUAAUGAACCAAACAAAGUAUUUCUGGCAAGUAGGAUUUAACCCAGAAGUUAUUGCACACCUGGUGAGUGCUCUUUUAACUGAGUAAGAGGGUUAACCCAGUAUUUACCACAUUCUUCAAUCUCUCACAAGCAAGGCCUGUCUUCAGGCCUUAUCUCAGUGUUGUUUGAUGACCAUUAGUUGGAUGCCAGUGGUAAAUCCAUUUUUGAACUUCCUGGGCUUAGGAUCAAACCCAAGUCCUUUGUCACACCAGGUAAGUGUUGUAGAAACUGAACUAAUAGGGUUAACCUAGUAGCUGUUGUUAGUAAAGCACCUUUUUAAUAGCUCAAACUACUAAGGUAAUAAAUGUGUCGAGUGACAGUUUUCUUGUUAUCUUUGUUUUUGAAACUUCUAAUUGAUUUCCAUUUACAAAAUUUUCUCAAAAAUCAUUCAUUGUAUCCAUGCUGAGUAAUUGUUGCUUCAAUCAUUUUCAAGUUUCCACUGUGGAUUUUACUUGAUUGAACACAAAUCCCUUUUAGACUCUUAUUGGCUCCUUAUCUGUGUAAGCAAAUAAAAUUAAACAAAGCACCAAAUAUUAAAAACCGAGAUAAGAUACCAACAGUAAGUGUUCUGACUUUUCUUAGUACACAGAUUCUGAUCUGUUAAAUCUGCUGGUAGUUUCUGAAUUCUGAGAACAUAUAUUUUUAUACAACUAUCACUUGUACAUUGUCUUGUGAAAAAGCAACAUUACUAUUAAUCUAAAGCACUAGCUUAGCUUGUUUGUUUUUUAAAUAGUGACCUCACAAAAAGGUGUUUUUCUCCUAUUAAUGCACAGCACUGAAACAUUAAAACAACCUUGUUAUGUCUUUGAAGAUGUUAGGUUUUUUUGAGAUGCUUAGUCAUACAUCCUUUUGGUGUCACUGAUCUUAACAUGAGUCGACAUUAGGUACUAUCAAAUUGGCGAUGUUGAAAAGGUUUUUUCAAAUUGUACAAUUACUUCAGCUUUAGCCUUAUGACUUUAAAUGAUGCAGCCCAUAUAUGAAUGUGCCAUAAUAUAAUGGACAUUUGGCACUUUGUAGCUAAUUCAGGUUGAGUUUUGUAAUGAGUAUAUUAUGCAAAUUCAGCAAGAACAGUGUCUUUGAAAAAUGUGGUUUUGGUGAAAUCUAAAAUCACAUUAUAAUAACAGGUUACAAACUGGCAUGCUUAAGCUGAAAAGUAACUGGACUUUGAUUGGAACUGUCCAGUUUCUUCAGCAAACUUACUCUUUAUUUUCUUAUAUAAAAAUAAUUAAAAUUAUAGCAGAAUGUGUAGGAUUAUACACAAACCUUUCUCUAUGCUAAAAUACCUUUAUUUUCAGCUCUUGGCCCUAAUACUCGAGCCUUCAUCAGACAACAGUCUACUGAGCAAUAAAUAUUUAUUUAUCUGUGUAACACUGCUUUAAAAUAGACAUCUAAGCAACAAUCCUAACAAUAAACGACGUUUGGUAUUAAAGUUAUUUUAAUACAGAUGUCAGUUAUUGUUACGAUUGUUGCUUAGAUGUCUAUUUUAAAGCAAUGUUCCACAGAUUAAAGAAUUUAUAUCUCUCAGUACAUUGUUGCCUGCUGAAGGCUCCAGUAAGAAGGCCAAAAGCUCACAAAUAAGAGUAUUUUUUAGUGUAGAGAAAAGUCCGUGUAUAAUUCUAAUCAACCAUUAGACAAAUUGAAAAUCAUGUUUAGGUUAUAAGUAAUUUUUUUUUUUUAGUUCUGGGAUGGUGAGGCCAUUUUCCUGAAUAUUGUGGCAUUUUGUUCUAUUUAUAUUAAAUUAAUUGCUUCCAUUUCAAACGAGGCCACAAAAACUGUUAUGUUAAAGUUGUUAUGUGGACUAUGCUCCCUACAGGAGUAUUUAUUUCAAAGUAUUUCGAUUCUUAGAAGUUCCUUCUCUUUUAUUUUUAUACUUAACAGUACAGUUGAUAGAAGGAUUUUUUUUAACUCAAACAGUUUGUCAGAAAACAUUAUCACAGACCAUUGAUUUGUUGGUUUUGUAAGUUAACGUUAAACUAAUUAACUCAAGUAAAAGAGAUCAGCAGUUAUUAAGAGAUAAAGAACUACGUUUGGACCUUGAAUGAAGUCCUUUGAGUUAAAACAUUGAGAAAGUUUAUCAACUUUGAUAUUCUUCACUGAUGUUGCACUGUACAUUAGUUUUAAUAAAGUAGAACUCAGUAUACAUAUUAACCAGUUACUACUGUAGAAUCAAUGAUACAAGGUGUUCUUUAGCUGUUUAGGGGAUAUUUUUUCUAUUAUUGGGCAUGCCUUUUUUAAUACAUUUUACUAAAAAAAUAAUUCACAUAUAGCUACCAUUAAAUUUUUUUCUAUAGUUGCAUGAAUAAUAUUUAUUAAAAUAGGAUGAUUUUUGUUAAAUUUUCUUAUUUUUAAUACUUUUGUAAUACUUUUACAGUUAAUUGAACAAAUUAUGGUGUAAGUCUGUGAAUUCAUAAUUUAAACCUCAAGGUAUUUUUAAAUUACUUGUCAGAACUUUUAUUUAUGUAAACAGUCGUUAUUUAUAUAUAUUUUUUGUUUACCUCUAAAGUUUCAAAAUUAAACACGUUUAUACACCUUUAGUGUUUAAUUAAAACACUUUUUUACGAAGGAAGGAGUAACUUUAUUUCAUUCACAGAAACUGUCUUUGGUGGUGCUGGUAUUAUGUUUCUGUUUUGAAGCCCAGUCUAUCAUUUGAUUUACCACUUACCACCAAGUUAUACUGUAUUUUAGGAAUUCCACCUCUCGUCAGUAAUCCUAGACUUCAUUGAACUUCAUAUUUAUUUUUAGUGUUUUAAACAGCUUGUUUGCUGAAUAAGUUAGUAGUAUCAAUUUCUAUAUAAAUAUAAAGUCACUGUAGUGAGUGGAAGACAAUUCAAAACACCAUACGUAUAAGAUACACAAUUAAUUAUGUCAAGAAAGCUUUAAGUGUAUUUACAAUAAGGUUAGGAAAAAUAAUGUUAACAGCUGUAUUACUGUUGAGGGAGUUCCUAGGUUCAUUGACAUUUUCUAAAAUCAUCUAACAGUUAAAACUGAAAUGUUUUGAAAUUUGUAGCAGAAUUCUUUGCAUUACUUUGUUUUCAGUGAAACUUCAAUAAUAGUUUGUUUGUUUUUUUAUCCAUUGUUAUAAUGAAAAUUUUGAAAUUCUAGUUUUUUGAAAUGUUGAAUGUGUGACCAAUUUCAAAAGAACUUACUGCCAAAGGAUUAAUCCACUCACUUCAAGUAUUUCAAUAUUCUAAUGUUCCUGUAAAAUUGAAACUAAAACCAUUGUGUACGUGAUGAUCUAGAUUACUCCCUAACAUAAAAUUGUAUCAGGGCCUUCGGUCUUUAUUUGAUAAAUUAUUUUCAUUAAUAAAAGUAAAAAAAAAAAAAGGUAAAUACAAUAUUUACCUUUAUUUGUAUAUAGAGAAGCUUGUGUAAUUAAAAAAUUAACUUUUUUCUGUAAUCAUGUAGGCAUGCUCAUUGGUUGCUUUGCUUGUUACUUGUAUGCUCGUGGGACUGUGGUUUUUUGUACAAAAUGCAAAAUAAAUUGAAUAAAUUGUUGUUGCAAUUUU